ACGAGCUUAAUUGUUAUUUAAAGUAUGCUGUGACUGUGUCAAAUCCAUCUCUCAUAGUUUACUUCUCCAUUGUUGACAUCAUAUCUUUUUUGCACAAUUUCACUGUGAUCCAAACAUGUCGUUACCCACAGAUCCCGUCCACUGGACCCGAGGUGAAUUCCUCAUCUCCACCGAUAAGAGAUACCUCUCGCCCACGGCCAUCAAUCACGCAUUCGCACAGGACUACAUGUACUGGGCCAAACCAUUUCCCGAAGAAAUUCUAAAGAAGGUCAUCGAGAAUUCAUUCUGUUUUGGCGUCUACGACAUCCGCUCGCAUCGACUCUGCAAUGAAGAGAACGGCCACUCACAGCAACCGGUCGAAGACUUGAAUGCAGCCGAUGUGAAGCAGAUCGGGUUCGCCCGGCUGGUAACCGAUCGCGUCACAUUCGCUUAUCUGACCGACCUAUACGUCCUGGCGGAGUACCAGGGGCGAGGGCUGGGUGGGUGGCUCAUCGAUUGUGUGGAUGAGGUGGUCCGCCCCCUGCCGUACUUGCGGUGGCUGAUGCUGCGGACUUCGGCCGCAAAGAGUCAGGCGUCGUAUGAGACCCGGCUCGGGAUGAAGGUGCUUGAUACUGGGGAUAUCGAUAAAGGUCCGGUCAUGAUGGGGAGACAGGGAACGGCUGGGGGAGUAUGAGUGUGCAGGUUAAGAGGGGAGGUGUUCGGGCUGGAUGGCUCUUCUAGACUUGCACGUGGGAGUAGGAUAACAGACGAUUAUCGCGUUUUGUUCCUAGGGAGUACAUACUUACCUUCGAAGAGGAGAUAUAUAAUAGCUUCGUGCCGCAUAUUUUGCCUUUCACAGCUAAUUCCAUAGACUUCUCCGCAAUACAGGUGCAGAAAUGCAGCGCCAACUUU